AAGCGAGCCAGGAAACUUUCCUCGAAGCUGUGGGUUUAACCGUCGAGUGCAGCCUCUUCACUCCCUGUGUCUCUGUGGCUGUUGUGCAGCAUGACUUGGUUCACAUUUUCUGCUGACAGCCUGCUGUGCAGGUGUCUUGGCAUCACCAUCACUGUGUGGUUUACUCUCUUCUUUGUCUUCACAAUUGUGCCGGCUGUACUGGGAGUCUCUUUUGGUAUCCGAAGACACUACAUGAAAACACUUCUCAAUCUGUUUGAGUGGGCAACCUUACGCAUGGAGAUGGGAGCAAAGGAAAAGAAUCAGGAACUGUAUAAACCAUACAGCAAUGGAAUCAUAGCCAAGGAGCCUCCAUCAUCUUUGCAGCAGGAGAUCCAGGAGCUCCGGGGUUCUGCCAGCUGUCUGCGCUCAGAGCCGGAGUUUGAGAUGGCUGAUAUAUUCUACUUCUGCCGCAGAGGUGUAGAGAGCAUCGUGGACGAUGAGGUGACAAAACGUUUUUCAGCACAGGAACUGGAGAGCUGGAACUUGCUGACUCGAAGCAACUACAACUUCCGUCACAUCAGUCUGCGAGUUACUGUCCUGUGGGGCCUGGGAGUCCUCAUCCGCUACGGCGUCCUGCUGCCCCUCAGGGUUACUCUGGCAGUCACUGGCAUUAGUCUACUUCUGGUCCUGACAACUUUGGUGGCCUUUUUACCAAAUAGAGAUUUAAGGUUCUACCUGAGUGAGAAGGUUCAUCUGAUGUGCUACCGCAUCUGUGUGAGAUCUCUCACAGCGAUCAUCACCUAUCAUAACAGAGAGAACAAACCAAAGAACGGCGGUAUUUGCGUGUCCAAUCACACAACACCUAUCGAUGUCAUAAUCUUGGCCAAUGAUGGCUGCUACUCCAUGGUUGGCCAGGUGCAUGGAGGGUUGAUGGGAAUGAUCCAGCGAGCCAUGGUCAAAUCUUCUCCUCACAUCUGGUUCGAAAGAUCAGAAGUCAAAGACAGACAUCUAGUGGCCAAAAGGCUCAGCGAUCAUGUUGCUGACAAAACUAAACAGCCCAUCUUGAUCUUCCCUGAAGGAACUUGCAUCAACAACACAUCGGUGAUGAUGUUCAAAAAGGGAAGCUUUGAAAUUGGCUGCACAGUCUAUCCAGUUGCCAUUAAGUAUGAUCCUCGGUUUGGAGAUGCUUUCUGGAACAGCAGUAAAUUUGGCAUGGUAAAUUACCUGCUGAGGAUGAUGAGCAGCUGGGCCAUUGUUUGCAGUGUUUGGUACCUGCCGCCUAUGAACAAAGAGGAAGGGGAGGAUGCAGUGCAGUUUGCCAAUAGAGUGAAAGCUGCCAUAGCUGCACAAGGAGGAUUAGUGGAUCUGUUUUGGGACGGAGGGCUGAAACGAGGGAAAGUGAAAGACACUUUCAAAGAGGAGCAGCAGAAACUCUACAGUAAAGUUCUUGUAGGUGAGCAGGACGGGGGGGCAACAUGACAAUGCACAUUUAGAGGAUGGAAAUCCAGAGGAGGAUAAAAGCAAGCAAGAUUCAA